GACCACGACAUUGCGCCAGCAGACAUAUCAGCAGCAUACGGAGCAUCAGUCCCAACCAAGCGCGUCUCCGAAGACGACGACGUCAACGGAGGCCUACACCCCACGCGGAAAAUCGGAAAAUACAUAUCGCUAGAUUGCGAAAUGGUCGGCACCGGGCCCCCACCGCAUCUCGACAACAUCCUCGCCCGCGCCUCGCUCGUAAAUUUCCACGGCGAACAGAUCUACGACUCCUACGUGCAACCUCCCCCAAACACAAAAAUCCACGACUACCGCACCCACGUCUCCGGAAUAAAACCCCGCCACCUUCAACCCUCCUACGCGCGGACAUUCAACGAAGUACAGAAAUCUGUGGCCGAGAUUCUGGAAGGCAGGAUUUUGGUGGGACAUGCUUUGCGGAAUGAUUUGAAUGCUUUGAUGUUGAGUCAUCCGAAACGGGAUGUGAGGGAUACGAGUCGGUAUGGCAGGUUUAGGGUUGAGAGUCAGGGGAAAGCUCCUGCUUUAAAAAAAUUGGCCAGGACGGAGUUGGGGAUUGAGGUGCAGGUUGGUGAGCAUAGUAGUGUGGAGGAUGCGAGGACUGCGAUG